AUGGAAGUAAUUGAAACACUCAAUAAACAAGCACUUGCAUAAACUGAUUCUCACCUAGCUUUAGAAAUUCUUGAAUAAGCCCUUGGUCUAUUACAAUACAAUGCUGAUUGUGGCAAAAUCAUCGAUCGUAAUCUUAUUGUUACAAUCAUCUAUAAUCUUGCUGGUGUUAAUUAAGCGUAUUUCGAUUUCAAUCUAUUUUUAGCUUAUGCAAUUUAGACAAGGCUGCCUAAUAUUUAGAAGGAACCGUAUUCAAUUUAUAAGAAAUGAUUCAAUAGGAAAGCAAUUAGGUAUUACUCAUUAAACGAAUGCAUCUUCUAGCAGUCGUAUAAUUGUAAUACUGUGGGUUAUUAUCACAAUUGAAUUAGCAUUAGGUGGCUUCUAAUGUUGCCCAAUCAACUAUUUAAUUACUCAAUAGACUUUUUGACAUCAGUUACCAAUAUUAAAGCAGUUAGUAGACAAACAAUAAAAAAGCACGAAAAUAUUAAAAGGGACAAUACAUUUUUGAAGAGUAUGAUUUCAAGAAUCUCCUACUCAAGAGAUCAGAUGAAUUGUUGAAAUUCAUCAAACAAUUCAUUACUAGUUAAUUAAUCGAAUCAGAUGAAUAGCCAAAAUUACAAGAAAUUGCAAAUUAAAUUUUUUGUUGGAAAUUGAACUCCUAACACAAUGAUAAAUCACUUAAAUAAUCUAUCUCUAAACUCUACUAAAGAUCAAUGAUUGGUCUACUUAAUGAAAAUGAAUGGCUCAUAUCUUUCAAUGUUAGUAACAUUAUGCAUAUAAGAUUGCUCACUUAUGAAGAAGUGUGUUUAAAAGGAGAAAUCUUAUAUGAAUUUAGUUAAAAAGUCUUAACUGAAAAGUUGAUACUAUUAUCUAUGGCCUACUUUUCAUUAGCAUCAGAAACAAGAUACUUAAAGAAUGAAUAAAAAUCUUAAUUUUAUCAUCUCAAAUCUAUUUAUAUUGUUAGUGAUGUAUUACCUGAUAAUUCUCCAUAUUUAGAUCAUUUAAUUCAAUCAUUUUGCACUCAUUAUCAAUAGCAAUUAGAAACUAUAGUAUAAUCUCAUUCCUAUUAUAGCUUGAAGAACAGUCCUUUGUUGAUUAAAGUACUAAAGUAAGUCUAAAAAGGAAAGAAAGUUUAUUGGCAAAUAAAGAAAAUUGUUAAGAUCAUCUUAAAUAAUUGAUUGAAAGUCUUUCAAAAGAUAAAAAAAAAAAAUAAGAAUCCAUUUAAAAAACUUUGAAUCAAUUAUAGAGUUUAAAAGAUAGUAAUUUCUAUUUUAAUCUUUUAGAAUUAAAUAAAUAAAGAUCUGAAACAUUUUUAAAGAGAUUUAAAACUGAGCCUAGUCUUCAUUUUGAUAAAAGUGACAAAAAUUGUAAAUUAAUCUUAUAAUAAUUAAUGAAAUAAUGA